GAUCCCCCACCCGCAACCUCGCUUAGCAAGCAGCAGCACCCACCUGAUCGCUCGCGGUUAGCGCGCAAAUUGCCCCGUGCGAUCUCGUCGCGGGGGGUAUAAGAGCGCACCGCCCCCACAUACCGUUCCACGCUAAGACCGGGCCGGCCUGCUAGGAGGAGUAGUAGCGACUUUUAACACUUUUCCUCCGCAACACCAUUGACCGGAUCAGCGAGCUCGGAGCUGACCCGCGCGCCGCGGCCCCCGUGGAGAGAGCGAUCGAUCGUCGAUCGGUAGCUGCGGCAGGGGAGGAGAAGGAGCCGAGGAUGAAGGUGCAGUGCGACGUGUGCGCGGCGGAGGCGGCGUCGGUGUUCUGCUGCGCCGACGAGGCCGCGCUGUGCGCCGCGUGCGACCGCCGCGUGCACCGCGCCAACAAGCUCGCCGGCAAGCACCGCCGCUUCUCGCUGCUCGGCCCGGCGCCGCCGUCCUCGUCGCCGGGUCAGCAGCAGCAGCCGCCGCCGCUCUGCGACAUCUGCCAGGAGAAGAGGGGCCUCCUGUUCUGCAAGGAGGACCGGGCGAUCCUGUGCCGGGACUGCGACGUGUCGGUGCACAUGGCCAGCGAGCUGGCCAUGCGCCACACCCGGUUCCUCCUCACCGGCGUGCGCCUCUCCGCCGAGCCGGCCACCUGCCCGUCCCCGCCGUCGGACGAGAACAGCAGCGACAGCCUCUGCUGCAGCGCCGGCGGCGCGGCCCCGCCGCCCGCGCCCGCCACCAGCCACGGCAGCGACAGCAGCAGCAUCUCCGAGUACCUCACCAAGACACUCCCCGGCUGGCACGUCGAGGACUUCCUGGUGGACGAGGCCACCGCCGCCGCCGCCGCCGCCGCCAACAUCGCCGUCUCCGCGGACGCCUCCUAUCAGGGAGGGGUAGCUCGGGUCGGCGGCGUGCCGGACGGCGGCUACGCGGCCUGGAUGGCGCAGGAGCAGCUCUUCGGCGACAGCACGGCCGCCGGCGGCGGCGCGCGGGCCAGCCGGGAGCGGUGGGUGCCGCAGAUGAUGUACGGCGGCCCGGAGGUGGCCGUGGCCGGCAGCAAGCGCUCCAGAACCGCCGCGUCCCCGGCGGCGUACUCGUACUGGUGAUCCCAUCGACCGGCGGCGGAAGACCCGCAGCGACCGACUCGCCGUCGCCGUGCCGCCGUCCGUAUUAAGCACCGGCUGGUGCACUAGCGUACUCGCUGUUUAACUGUAACUGAAGUUGUUUCCGGGCUCAUUUUACCGCCGCAACCUUUUUUUACGCUCUUCCGGGCGUCGUCGAUCGGAUGGAUGCCCGGGAGCGUUCGUGCCUUUUUGGCGGGGUGCCGGAGGGAAGCCUCCUCCUGCACCUCUGUAUCUGUCCUCUUUUUUGCUCGGUGCAACUUCAAUCGGAGCCUAUCGCUGUCCACGUUCUCCUAGA